ACUUUGCUCCCAGAGAUGAAGCUUGGUUUGGAUAGGAAAAGCGGUCUAAAUAGAACCUUACGAUCAUGGGCAAGUCCCCAUGAUCCAUCAAGUGGGGAGUUCACUUACACCGUCGAUACCGGAGGUCUGCCUCAACGCUUGCUUCGGAAGGGAGAUACCAUAACCCACAGAGCAGACUCUUGGAACGGUGUAGGGUCCAAUGGUCAACCAGCGACACAUCAAUCACUGAAAUUUUAUUUUACAAUGACAGAGGAUGAGAUCACCUACUCGUUUAGAGUUAUUGGCAACGAAUCCUACUCGAAACUCCAAAUGAGCUAUACCGGGACAUUGAUGAGGUUUGUGCGCGCACCCGCAGCAGAAAUUUGGGGGUCUCCGUGGCGAAAUCCUGCAGACUUGUGUGACAACUAUGCUACAUGUGGGCCUUACGGUUACUGCGACACGAACAAGUCACCAAUGUGUGAUUGUAUUAAAGGGUUUAAGCCAGUGAACGAGAAGGCAUGGGAGUUGAAAGACACCAAGGAUGGAUGCCAGAGGAAAACACAAUUACGUUGCAAGAGUGAUAAGUUUCACAGGCUGAUAAAAAUGAAGCUCCCAGAUACAAAGGCCGUGACUGUGGACUGGGGAAUUGGGAAGAAGGAAUGUCAAAACAAGUGUCUUCUAGAAUGCAAUUGUACAGCAUUUGCUAUUGUCAAUAUGUGGAAUGGGGCUGGAUCGGCUUGUCUAAUUUGGACGGGAGAGCUCGUUGAUAUACGGCAAUUUACCGCCCAUGGUCAGGAUCUCUACGUCAGAUUGGUGGCUAGUGAUGUCGGGGAUGGGAAAAGCAUACUAGUUAGAGUAAUAAAAUGGAUUGCUGGAGUUACUGGUACGCUUGUUCUGUGCUUUGUCAUGUUCCGUUUUUGGAAAAGAAAACAGAAACGAGCUAGAGCAAUUGCAGCUGCAACACCACCUAUUGGUAUUUUAAGAAACUCAGAUUUGCAAAUGGACGGGGCGGUAAUAUCCAGCAGAAGGUACCUGUCCGGAGACAACGAUGAUUUGUUGUUUCUUCGAAUAGAGUUUAGUACCGUCGUCACGGCAACGCAAAAUUUUUCUUCCUCCAACAAACUUGGAGAAGGCGGUUAUGGUUUGGUUUACAAGGGGAGGCUACCUAACGGAACACUUAUUGCCGUCAAAAGACUAUCAGAGACGUCUAAUCAGGGGACCAAUGAGUUCAAGACCGAGGUGAGUCUGAUCGCGAAGCUUCAGCACAUUAACCUAGUACGACUUCUCGGAUUUUGCGUUGAGAGGGACGAGAAGAUAUUGAUCUAUGAAUACUUGGAAAAUCAAAGCCUUGAUUUUUAUUUAUUCGACAAAACCGGAAGCUCCUCUACUAAGCUGAGCUGGCAGCAGAGAUUUGCAAUUACUAAAGGUAUUGCUCGAGGUAUCCAAUACCUUCACCAAGAUUCACGGUAUAGGAUCAUCCACCGAGAUUUGAAAGCUAGCAAUAUCUUGCUUGAUAAAGAUAUGAUUCCGAAGAUUUCGGAUUUUGGGUUGGCCCGGAUCAUUUCAAGAAACGAGACUGAAGCUAACACAAGGAAGGUGGUUGGAACUGUCGGGUACAUGGCCCCAGAAUACAGGAGGGGAGGAUUAUUUUCAAUAAAAUCAGAUGUUUUCAGCUUUGGGGUCUUAGUGCUUGAGUUAUUAAGUGGCAGGCGGAAUAAGGGAUUCACUAAUUUGAAUGGAGACACUAGUCUUCUCAGCUGCGUAUGGAGAAACUGGGAAGAAGGAAACUGGCUAGAGACAAUAGAUCCACUCAUCGUAGAUUUAUCAUCAUCAUCAUCACCACCCGCAGCGUCACUAGACGAAGUUAAAAGAUGCCUACAAAUAGGUCUCUUGUGUGUUCAAGAGAAUGCAUAUGACAGACCAGAGAUGUCAUCAGUCGUGAUGAUGCUCGGAAGCGAGGCAGCGAUUCCUCAGCCUAAACCGUCCGGUUAUUGUGGUUACUACGUUCGGAAAAAGUCAUAUGAGAUGGGUUCUUCGUUAAGAUCAAUGCCAACCGAUGAAUCCUGGACGGUAAACCAGGUUACCACUUCCGUCAUCGACCCUCGGUAAUGUAACGUAAGACCAUCUCCAAUGGUAAAACCCCAUGAGAGGUUUUUAUCAAUAUUUUUCUAUUAAAUUUUGGAUUUAUCAAUGUUUAAGAAGCUAUGAGGAGUAGUUGUUAAGAAAAACCUUUCUCCAAUGGUAGAACAUGAGGAGUUCUUAAUAGAAAACUUUUUUUUGA